GAGUUCGCAUGUAGUUUUCUUGACAUACUGUCUAACAACAAAUACGAAAUACACUGAGCAAAACAAAGGGGAAAAGAAAAAAAAAGGGAAGGAAAACGCCAUUGUUCUCUCUAUUCUCUACAAAGAAUUGCUCUCUGUACUCUGCCUUGUAUCUGCUUCUACUGCUAAAAUCAUGGCAGCAGAGGCAUCAAGAUCUGGUGGGUCAGCCGAUUCCUACAUCGGCAGCCUGAUUAGCUUGACAUCGAAGAGCGAAAUCCGUUACGAAGGUGUUCUCUACAACAUUAACACUGAAGAAUCCAGCAUCGGAUUGAGAAACGUAAGGUCAUUUGGAACUGAAGGACGAAAAAAGGAUGGCCCACAAGUCCCUCCAAGUGAUAAAGUUUAUGAGUACAUUUUAUUCCGUGGAAGUGACAUCAAGGAUUUACAAGUUAAAUCUUCUCCACCUGUUCAGAGUACACAACCUAUAAAUGAUCCUGCUAUUAUACAGUCUCAUUAUCCUUAUCCAGCAUCUAUUUCAACAAGCAUGCCUUCUGCUGGUAGUGGGUCUGUGACGGAUCUUAGUUCCCACACAACACAGGUCGGUCUUCCCAGGUCAACAUUCCAAGGUGGUCUGCCUUUAUAUCAACCUGGAGGGAGUUUGGCAUCAUGGGGGUCUUCACCUGCUCCUCCAAGUGCAAAUGGUAGUGGGUUAGCUAUGCCUAUGUAUUGGCAAGGAUUUUAUGGACCUUCAAGUGGGCUUCCCCAUAUGCAACAGCAACCUUUGCUAAGACCUCCACCUGGCUUGUCAAUGCUUCCUUCCCUGCAGCAACCAAUGCCAUAUCCUGGAUUAAACAUUCCAUUACCCACAGGAGCUUCAAAUUUGCCUGAACUCCCUCCUCCUUUGCUUCCACCGGUUGGUUCUGGCUCUGUGAAUUUAAACUCCACUACUUUGCCAUCAUCUCUGCCUCCUGCCCAGUCUGCUGCCAUAGCUUCUGAAGCAGCAUCAAGUCUGACGUCAAAUAAAGCUCCUUCACCUGCUCUUCCUACAUUAAAUCUGAAUGCUAGCUUGCCAUUGGUUUCUCCUUUGACUACUUCUAGUUUGGAUAUAAAUGCCAUUGUACCACCGAACUCCAACAAGCCUAAGGCAGCUCCCGGCCCAACCUUGCCAUAUCAAACUAUUUCUCAGUCUGUUUCCUCUGUUGUUGGGAUAUCCAGUUCAAGUCACUCUGAAACAUCAACACCUUCUCUGGUAACCCCAGGUCAGCUGCUGCAUCCUGGCCCAACUGCAAUUUCUUCAUCUCAGUCUUCACAAGUGACACAAAAAGAUGUAGAGGUGGUUCAAGUAUCAUUAUCAGAACCACCACCAACAACUCUGGCUGCAGCUUCAGCUCCAGUUCCAGCAUCAGCAUCAACACCAGUGCCAGCCCCAGUCCAGGCCCCAGCAGAAAUUCAGGAACCAAUAUUGCCGCUACCUUCACCAUCUGAUCAAAAGCAUAAUGGUAACCCAAGAACUUGUCUCGCAAGUAGGGGGCGUGAAAGAGGAAGAGGAAAUGGGGUUUCACGUCCUGUGACAAAAUUCACGGAGGACUUUGAUUUCAUGGCAAUGAAUGAAAAGUUUAAGAAAGAUGAAGUAUGGGGUCAUCUUGGUAAAAGCAAUAAGAUGCAGUUGAGGGAUAAAGAAGGUGAAGGAAAGGAGGAUGAUGAAGAUGAUUCUCAAGAUGAGGAUGAAGCUGGAUCAUCAAAUUUCCAGAUCAAGCCUGUUUAUUGUAAGGAUGACUUUUUUGAUUCUCUUUCUUGCAAUGCACUUGAUCGAGGGGCACGAAAUGGAAGGACCAAGUUCUCAGAGCAGAUGAAAAUAGAUACCGAGACUUUUGGUGCUUUUACAAGGCAUCGUGGUGGCCGUGGUGGUCGUGGUGGUCGAGGCCGGGGUUCUUACCAUGGAAGAGGUUAUGGUUAUGUUGGAAGGGGCCGGGGCCAUGUUAUCUCAAGUCGUGCCACCUAAUCGUGGAUUGUCAUGCCACGCUGUAUCACUGCAAAACUUUAGAAUUUGAUUUGUUUUGUCAUCGCCCACGGGGGAUCCUAGGUAGUGACCAUUGAAGUAGAUGACCAAUGGAGGGUUAUGUUUGUAAUGUUGUUUCCCUGCUUAUUGGACCAAGGAGUGAUUUCCAUAGGAAGGCGAGAUAAGCAUAUACCUUAGGAUACCGUUUAUAUGAACAUGCUCUUAAAAUUAUGUUCUGCAUUUUUUUUUUCUUUUUAUGCUUGUCUUGAAUCUUGUCUUCAAUUAGGAACAAUCCCUCUGGGGCUGAUCGAAUAAAGUUUGACUUACAAAUUACAAUAAUAAAUUAGCACGACAUCAAAUCAUUUGAUCAA